UUCUCUCUGUAUGCCCUCCCACUUAUUAGUCCCACAGCUUGUUCCUUCCGUGGCGGCUGCUUUGCUCCUCCUCGUCUCGCGCUGCUUCAUUCAGACGUCGCUCAUUGACGGUGCUCGCGCUCUUUUCGCUCGCUCCCGCCCCCUCCCUUUGGCUUAACCCCCGCUCGCGAGACCGGCGUUCCCCUCAGUGGGCUGUUUGGCAUCUUACCGGCUCCCAAGAUGGCGUCUAUCAUGGAGGGUCCGCUGAGCAAAUGGACCAACGUGAUGAAAGGCUGGCAGUACCGCUGGUUCGUGCUCGACUACAACGCUGGACUGCUUUCCUAUUACACGUCAAAAGAUAAAAUGAUGCGAGGAUCACGCAGAGGCUGUGUUAGAUUAAGAGGAGCUGUGAUUGGUAUAGAUGAUGAAGACGACAGCACCUUCACAAUAACUGUUGAUCAGAAAACCUUCCAUUUCCAGGCUCGAGAUGCUGAUGAAAGAGAGAAAUGGAUUCAUGCUUUAGAGGAAACCAUCCUUCGGCAUACUCUUCAGCUCCAGGGUGUGGAACCUGGAUUUGUUCCAAGUGUCCAAGAUUUUGAUAAAAAACUUACAGAAGCUGAUGCUUACCUACAAAUUUUGAUAGACCAAUUGAAGCUCUUUGAUGAAAAGCUUCAGAACUGCAGAGAUGAUGAUCAGAGAAAAAAGAUUGAAAACCUCAGAGAAACAACCAGUAGCAUGGUCGAAUCAAUAAAACACUGUAUUGUGCUGCUGCAGAUUGCUAAAGACCAAACUAAUGAGGAGAAGCACGCAGAUGGACUUAUAAGCACUAUUAAUCCUGUUGAUGCAAUAUAUCCACCUAGUCUCUUGGAAUCUUCAGUGAACAGCACAAUGCCUACACAGACUGUCUUACCUCCAGAACCAGCUCAACUUUGCAAAUCAGAACAGCGACCAUCAUCCCUGCCUGUUGGACCUGUUGUAGCAUUACUUGGAAACCAUCAGACUCCAACACCAAAUAGUACAGGAAGUGGACAGUCAGCACCCAGCAGCAGUUUAACUUCUCCAAGCCAUGUCAAUCUUUCUCCAAAUACAGUUCCAGACUUUUCUUAUUCUAGCAGUGAAGAUGAAUUUUAUGAUGCCGAUGAAUUCUAUCAGACUAGCUCAUCCCCAAAGAGAUGUUUGGACCCCUCAGGAUCUGGAACAAUUUUAACACGUAGCAACACAGGAAGUAGCAUGAAACGCCCAGACACAGCGGAGUCCCUCAACUCUUCAGUGUCUAAUGGGACAAAUGAUGCUGAUCUUUUUGAUCCUCAUGAUGACAGAGAUGAUGAUGCUGAAGGGGAGUCGGUGGAAGAACACAAAAGUGUUAUCAUGCACCUUUUAUCACAAGUUAGGUUAGGAAUGGACCUAACAAAGGUGGUUCUUCCAACUUUUAUUCUGGAAAGAAGAUCACUCUUAGAAAUGUAUGCAGACUUCUUUGCGCAUCCUGAUUUAUUUGUGAGUAUUAGUGAUUACAAAGAUCCAAAGGAUCGUAUGAUUCAAGUGGUAAAAUGGUACCUCUCAGCUUUCCAUGCAGGAAGGAAAGGAUCUGUUGCAAAAAAACCUUACAAUCCCAUCUUGGGAGAAAUCUUCCGAUGCCAUUGGGUACUGCCAAGUGCUGAACAAGAAGAAAACAUGGAGACAAUUGCAGAUGGACCUGUUCCAUGGGUUUCCCAAAACAGUGUGACAUUUGUAGCAGAACAGGUUUCUCACCACCCUCCAAUUUCAGCAUUUUAUGCAGAAUGCUCCAGGAAGAAAAUUCAGUUCAAUGCCCACAUCUGGACCAAGUCAAAGUUCUUGGGAAUGUCUAUUGGUGUUCAUAAUAUAGGCCAGGGGUGUGUAUCAUGCUUAGAUUAUGAUGAACAUUACAUUUUGACCUUCCCCAAUGGCUAUGCAAGAUCUAUUCUCACAGUGCCAUGGAUAGAGCUGGGAGGAGAGUGCAGCAUUAGCUGCUCGAAGACAGGCUAUAAUACUAACAUAAUAUUCCACACAAAACCUUUCUAUGGGGGGAAAAAGCACAGAGUUACAGCGGAAAUAUUUUCACCUAAUGAUAAAAAAUCCUUCUGCUCAAUUGAAGGAGAAUGGAAUGGUAUCAUGUAUGCGAAAUAUGCAACAGGGGAGAACAUAGUCUUUAUAGAUACCAAGAAAAUGCCUAUCAUUAAGAAGAAAGUAAGAAAACUAGAAGAUCAAGAAGAGUAUGAAUCCCGCUGCCUAUGGAAAGAUGUAACCUAUAAUUUAAAAAUCAGAGACAUUGAUGCAGCUACUGAAGCUAAGCAUAGGCUCGAGGAAAGACAAAGAGCUGAAGCCAAAGCCAGGAAAGAGAAAGAGAUUCCAUGGGAAACAAGGCUGUUCCACGAAGAUGGAGAAUACUGGGUUUAUGAUGAGCCACUACUCAAGCGACUUGCUGCCAGUAAAUAUUAAGCAGGCCAGGCCUGUGUAGUUCAAUCCUUGGCUUAGUGGCACUAAUUGUAAUAUUCAAGGACUCUUCUUUUGGAGAGCCCGUCUCCUCCAGUUACAGUUCCUAUCUCAGGGAUACUGGACUUGCUCAUGCAGUGAACAAUUAAAACAGGAAGAGCCCUGACUGUGUAGCAGUAAUUUAUAUUGGCCUUUCCUGUCUGACCUCUCAUGCUUCUAAGAGAAUAAAACCAAGGCUCGAGCUAGACAUACAUGCUAAGCAUUGCUGUAAAAGGCGCAAAGAGGCAUAUACCUCUUACAUACUCCAUUCUGGUAUUUACAUACUACAUUCACAUGGCUUCACUUAAUUAGAACUUGUUAAUUUCUGUGUAAAUAUAAGGACUUCUUUUGCCAGUUUAGAAAACUCAAGGUAGUGUUUAAUAAUAAUAAUAAAAAUCUGGCAUUUGUUUCCCCAAAAAGACUUUGAAUUUUUAGAAACAGAAAUGUAAUUAUAGAUUACCACUUGAUUCUUGCAGAUGCCUCUAUAAUGCUUCAUAAAAUAAUUUUCAAAUGUAUGCAUUGUUUUAUUUUAGAGCAAAUCAUUUACGGUCUAAAAUGCUUUGCUAUAAAGAUGUUUAGGACAAGUUGAUCCCAUUCAGUGGAGAUAUUAAUUUGGAAAAUUCAGUUGCCCAUAUCGUAUACUGAUUUAUAUCCUAAAUGACAUAGAAUGGAGACUAAGUGACCAGUUGUUCCUGAUUACAUCUGUUCUAUCUUAAAGACUUGUGUCUAGACACAAACAAGUGAUCACACUGAGAUCUGUGCUAUUUUCUUCAGAUGCUGGUGGUAGCUUUAAGUUCCAUGGGUUGACUUUAUCGGUCUGAUUUUCUUUUCCUCAGUCCUGUGAUAACCAGAACUUUAAAAAUCAACAAAAACAAUGAUCCUGCAAUUAAAGUGGCCAAUCUAUUUUAGGAGCAGUUGUGAUUAAAUAGUGAAAAGCUCCUUCCUUUUAUGUGUGUGUCCUAGAGAAUUCAGGUAAACUGAACAAUUGCUGUCCUUUUUUACACUCUCUAUUAAGGCUACCAUAGUCCUUAUUUUGAUUGGAACAGGCAUAGAUGUUCUGCAACUUGCCUUAUAAAACCCAGGAGAUUUCAGAUUGUAAUUUGGCCUUCCAGCUUUCAAGCUUCCUGCAUACCCAAGCCUUAACCACUACUGCCAGUGAUAAAGAUAUCUGGAGUUGCAUUACCUAAACAACUGGAGAACCACAUGUUGCUUCACCUUUGCUGUAGAUUAAGAGCACAUGCCAUAAGCCUGACAAGGGGGAAGUUGUCUAACGGUUGAGUUUGUUUAACUGAGAAAGUUAUAUGCUAAUAUGCUUUUAGUUUAUGUGUAACAUCACAGAAUAUUUAAUAUUAUUCUAUCACCAUUGUAUAAUUUGGAUGUGUAGAAUCGAUAAAUGUGUCCUGAUUUACCAUUUUUUCUUCCUCUUCCCCCUCGCUCCAAAAGCAAAAGUCUAGGACUGCAGUACAGGAGCAACAGCUUUUAUUUGCCUUUUUCUACUCUUAAAUUCUUGAAACUGUUACGUGAAUACUAGUAGUACAUCUUACAUGCCAUAUUCCAUGCAACCAGCAUAUAUAAAUGAUUUCUGCCUUAAAAUAUGCAUUUAGAGAAUGCAUUUGAAGUGCAAUGGAAUAUUCAACUGUUUUUCCAGUUUUGCUUUUGUAGGGUUACAAAAACCCUAAUCCUA